AUGGAUGAAAAGAACAUCUGGUUCUUCUGGAACAAGGACUACAAGAACAUGUGCCCUUACGCAAAGCGCAACGUGCGCGCCUGGCAUAGACGCCUAUCAAAAUACGGCUGGACGAUCCACGUUCUGAAUCGAUUACCCUUCUCCGCAUUCAAUAUUGCGAAUUUCCUCGACGUCUCCGACCCGGAGCCCUUUCCCCGAGUGUUUAUCAACGGACCAUCGGCGGCGACUUAG